AACUACAAAAAUCUGCAUCAUUUUUCCAAAUUUUAAAACCCAAUGAUUCUCAUUACAUGUACUACUAACACUAAUACCUUUAUUUUAAACAAGUUGUCGUAAAAAUUUUAUGUGAGCAUUAAAGAGAUACAUAAAAAAAGAGCUUCCAAUUCCAAUUCAUGAAUCUUAAGCCGCCAAUUUUCCAUGUGAAGAAGUCUCACAGACCAGCCCCUUCGCAAUAAAUUUCAAAACGUUUCUCUCUUUUCAGUGAUCCUUUAUUUCAUUCAUUCUUUUAUUUAAAACGUUCUAACUUUGGUUUUAUGACCUUUUAAUUAUAACUUGUUGAAUAUUUAGUUUCAUAACUUAACUUCAAAGUAUAUGCGCAGUUUCAAAAAAGCCAUUAACAGAUCUAUACCAAACGUAUUCUUUUCAUCAUUCAUUACCCUUUCUUAUCAAGAAAACUCUCUCAAACCUUUUUAAUAUUCUUAUUCCACGUAUAGAUAACUCAAAGUAAAAAUAUAAAAAAAUCCAUCUUUUCAUUUUUCAUCUGUAGAUUUCAAAAACAUGAAGAACUCAAAUAAUCAAAAUUCAUUAAACUCAAUUUCCAGACAUUUCAAUUCUCAUCUUCAUCUUGUUCGUUUCCUAGCCUAUCUCCUCCUUUUCACCUGCGGCGUUACAAUUGGAAUCAUCUUUAGUUUCUAUCUUAAAAGCUGCAAUUUUAGUCUUCAAUUCACACAAUUUUCACUCUCUGCAUCACAAAAAACAACACCACCACCGCCGCUAAUCGUACCACCUAGAGUAUCUAACUCCAGCCUCAAUGAUAGUCAUGUAGGAUUGAAGAAUUUCCUUGAGCCUUCUCAUGUUGUACAUGAUUUGUAUGAUGAAGAAUUGUUAUGGAGAGCUUCCUUGACUCCUAAGAUAGACGAAUACCCUUUCGAUCGUGUCCCGAAGGUGGCUUUUUUGUUCUUGGUAAGGGGCCCUGUGCCUUUGGCUCCUCUGUGGGAGAAGUUCUUCAAAGGGCAUAAAGGGUAUUACAGUACUUAUGUGCACUCUAAUCCAUCUUACAAUGGUUCAGAAGUAGAAAGUCCUGUGUUUCAUGGCAGGAGAAUUCCUAGUAAGAAAGUAGAAUGGGGAAAAUUCAACAUGAUUGAAGCCGAGCGUCGCCUGCUAGCAAACGCGCUUCUCGACAUCUCAAACCAGCGAUUUGUACUCAUAUCAGAAUCCUGCAUACCACUAUUCAAUUUCUCAACAGUCUACUCUUAUUUAAUGAACUCGACGCAAAGCUACGUCAUGGCUUACGACGAGGCAAGUUCGGUUGGACGUGGACGGUAUAGAGUUAAAAUGUCACCUAAGAUCAAACUAAAACAAUGGAGAAAAGGGUCUCAAUGGUUUGAAAUGGACAGAAAACUUGCACUAGAAGUAAUAUCAGAUAGGACAUAUUACCCGGUUUUUGGAAAGUACUGUAAAGGUUCAUGUUAUGCAGAUGAGCAUUACUUGCCAACAUUUGUUAGCAUAAAGUUUUGGGAGAGGAAUUCUAAUAGAAGUUUGACUUGGGUUGACUGGUCUAAGGGUGGACCACACCCAGUUAAAUAUGUGAGACCAGAGGUUACUACUGAGUUUUUGGAGAAUUUGAGGAACCAAACAUGUAAGUAUAAUGGAAACAGCACAAAUGUUUGUUUUCUGUUUGCUAGAAAAUUCUUGCCUACUUCAUUGACAAGGCUCAUGAGGUUUGCUCCAAAGGUCAUGAACUUAUGAUUUAGUAGUUAGCAGUUACAACUGUAUAAAUCAUUUAAUUCAUUAAUUUCAUUCUCCAAUCAUGAUAAAGUUCUAUUGUGUCAUGGACUUGUGAGUUUUUGUAUUGGGUUUUAUAUUUAUAUAAGUUACAAUUCACAUCAA